AUGGGAGAUUCCAGCCGUUCGAAUACAAUGUACUUUGACGCGAUUCCCCAGAUGGAACCAAUCGAUGGAAUGCAUUCCCAGCUCUCGGACCAAGAUCUCUUGCCAAAAAUCGACAGGCUUCGAGAAUUAGGAGUCCAUGCCGAGCUCUCCGACAAAGAUCUCUUGCAAAAAAUUGACAAGCUUCGAGAAUUAGGAGUUCAUGAGUUUGUAUCACUUCCUCAGCUUGUUGUGGUUGGCGACCAAUCGAGCGGCAAGAGCUCUGUGCUAGAAGCAGUGAUGGAAUUGCCGCUUCCUCGAAGUGGCACACUUUGCACUAGGUUUGCUACUAAUAUUACCUUUCAAAGUGCCUCAAAACCAAGAAUUACCGUUUCAAUCAUCCCUGGUCCGUCAAGGUCCGAUGAGGAAAAGGAGCAAUUGCAGGAUUUUAAGAGAGAGUUGACUGUCCUUGAUGGCGGUAACUUCUUAUCAAUUUUGAACGAAGCCUGUGACGCUAUGGGUGUUCCUAAACCAGAAGAGCUGUUUGAUGUCGAUGGUAGUAAGAGCAAGCCUACUUUCAGUGAAGACGUCUUCAAGGUAGAGCUUUGCGGUCCAGGCCGUGACAACCUGAGCAUUAUCGAUAUUCCAGGGAUCUUCAGAACUGAGACGAAAGGGACUACUACGUCCAAAGACAUGGCAAUGGUGAAGGAAAUGGUCAACUAUUGGAUCAAGGAUGAGAGAACAAUUAUCCUAGCAGUCAUUGGUAUAAAUAAUGACGUCGCUACCCAGGAAAUACUUUCAAUAGCUAAAAAAGCGGAUCCUAAAGGUCUUCGGACAUUAGGCAUCUUAACAAAGCCUGAUAUAGUCGGUGAUGGCGAAGAAGGGAGAGUGUUUGAUCUCAUAAAUGGGAAGCAGCACAAGCUUACACAUGGAUACCAUGUGCUUCGGAAUCUUUCACAGAAAGACUUGGAUGCUCAGAAAGGCUUGAAUGGGCGGAACGACUCCCUCUCUCGUAGAACUAAGGAGCAAGAAUUCUUCAACAAGAAGCUUUGGUCAGCACUUCCAAAGAGUCGGGUUGGAGUUGACGAACUGAAAAAACGACUAACAGUUCUGUUGACCGACAUGGUCAAAAAAGAGUUCCCUAAGAUCAAAAGUCAACUUGCGCAAGACCUGAUCCUGGCAAAGAAACAGCUAGCCAUGAUUGGCACAGAGCGAGCGACACCUCAGCAACAGAGAGUUUACCUUGAGGAAAUUGCAGCGAAGUUUAAAGAUCUAUCCAAGCUCGCACUGGACGCCGAUUAUCGAGAUGAAAUCUUUCAAAACGACAAAUGUCUCCGAUUGCCAACGCUAAUAGUGAAUCGAUACGAUCUAUUUGAGAAAGAGAUUAGAACGAAGGGGCACACUUACAAGUUCGACAACGACGAGGGCAAUGGCAGUGGCAAUGAUGAGGAUGAGGAUGCGGAUGAAGCAAUAAGUAUCGCCUCUGAAAAUGAAAGUGCGACAGACGAAAAUGAAAGUGGCAAGGGAUAUGAAGUUGAACCAACACCGAAACCCAUAGGUCGGGUUUUCCCUGAACUUGACAAUGUUCUUAGCCAAAGCUUCAACAUAUUAGACGCAGACAAAACCAACAUUCUCGACUGGAUUAGACGUCAGUACCUGGAAUCGAGAGGUUACGGCCUACCAGCGAUAGAUCUCAGAAUCCUGCCUGUGCUUUGGCAAAAACAAUCGAGCAAUUGGGGUGGUAUCACGUUAUCCUUCAUAAACGAUAUCAUUGUGUACGUACACGAUUUUAUCUGUCGUCUCUUAAGCAUUGUCUGCCCAGAGAGCAAGGUGCGAAACGCGCUACUCUCAUUUUUUAUGGACGACCUCGUUGCAAAGUACAGCUCCGCCAUUAAACACGUCGAGUACAUCCUCAAGGUCGAGCACCGCGGCACUCUCCUCACCAAGAACGAGAGCUACAGCACCGCGCUGAACGAGAUGCGAUAUGCCCGCCUAGUCAAAGCCACCAACAAUUCAGCAAUUCCGACUACAAAAUCGAAAGGAGGGGAUUAUAUACCCGUUAAAGCCAUCGAGGUCUCCGCCGCUGCCCUCGCAAUGUCAAACAGCAACGAAGAGAAUGUAGUUCAGGAUCACCACGACGUCCUGCACGCAUACUACAAGGUUGCAAUGAGGCGGUUCGUGGACACUGUGAUUGCGCAAGGUAUGGACGAUUAUCUCCUUACGGGAGAGAAUAGCCCGAUUAAGGUCAUCAAGCUAUCGUUCACCUCAAAGAUGAAUGAUGACCAGAUAAAUGAUAUUGCGGGCGAGGAUGCGUUUACGAAGGGGGAGCGACUGGCGUUAGAGCAGAAGAUUAAGGCGCUAGAGGAGGGUAAGGAGGAGUUGAAUUCCUAA